CCCUUUGGAAGGGGCAUGAGGCCCCGCGGUGCCCCCCGUCCCGCUCACAGCCCGUCUCGCCCACAGAUCCCUGCCACCCCAGAGGGCACCGCCGCCAACUUCGGGAAGGGCUUUGGGCAGAAGUCCGGCUACGUCCUGUGCAUCACCUCAGCUGUGACGAGGGAGACCUCCCCAGGCAAUGUGGUAGCCGAUGUGCAGAUCCUGAGUGAGAAAACGCUCCCCCCCCCAGGAUACGUUUACAUUAUGGAGUUCUUAGAGCCAAAAACAUCAAUUUCCAAGAAGAAACGAAUCUGUAUGAAACUUGUCCCAUUAAGUGCAGCAGAACUAGUUGUAUUUGACAUUAUGCUGACUAAUAAGAGUAAAGUGGUUCCUUCCUAUAUGAAGAUAGGAGAAAUUAGCAGCUUUGCUGUUUGGUGUAAAAAGGGGCAGCUUCUCAAACCUAAACCCCUUCCAAAACCAAGGGGCAUCAGUCUAGAAAUGAAGGGGCUUUCACUGGAGACAGCAGACCUGAAUAGAAAAGAGACAGAAUUUCCAUCAGAAAAGUCUUGGACUAGAGUUGGCUCAAAAUAUGCAUCCAUUAAGCGAGUGGAUUCCAUUUAUGAUACAGCUAAUCUUUAUGGCAUCUCAGCCAUGGAUGGGGUACCUUUCACACUACACCCCAAAUUUGAAAGCAGCAUCACUACUAGAACUAAUGCCUUUUCCAUCUUCAUGGACUUGAACAUUAAGUCUCUUGCUGACAUUGAGAAGGAGUAUGACUAUGCCUUUGUAGUUGAAAGGACCGCAGCUGCCAGACUCCCACCCACCAUCUGUUAGCAGCAAGCAGCAGCAUGGAGUCAAUAUCCCUUCUAGCAGAUAAAGUUGCAUUCUUCCUACUGAGUCAUUCCAUUCAGGCUGGCUGUUGCCUCAGCUGCAUAAACUUCAUAACAGCUGUGAUGGACUCAAUCCUCCAAAGGACACACCUAUGAAGAACUAAGUGAACUAUUUUUCUGCCUUAUUGUGUAGUAUUUAAAUCUGUAUGUCACUUGGUGCUUGCUAGCUUUUAUAAGAUUAAAUUCACAAGAAAAGGAGGGUUAUGCCUAUGCCACAAUAAAAGACCCAGGCAUGGGCAUAGCACUGGUCUUGGGCUGGUGGUGGGCUAAAAUGGCAGUGGACAUGCCUGGGCUAGACCUUGGGCUUUGAGACCACCCCCAGUCAUGAGAUUGCAGAACCAGGCCACCAGGCCAAACCCAAAACAUCGUCACAGCAAUAUUUAAACCUGCAGCAAGCAUCAACUGACCCGGAGUUUAAAACUCACCGUUGUGCUUUUUUACUGCAGAGUCUAGUACCUCUCCAUGGAAGCUCAGGUGGGGGAGGGCAAGACAAUGAUUUCUCUCGCUUCUUAAUGAAGUAGCCACACAUUUUUUCCAGCGCAUAUGUGUUUUACUUGUCUGACUGCAAGAAAGAUGUUCUGGCUCUGUUUAAAGGUUAAUGAAGACCCA